AUGGCGCGCGUCGCCGGCGCGUGCCGCGUCGCCGAGCGCGUCGGCGCGGUCGGGACGGCGCGGCGGCGCGACGACCGCGGCGCGCGCGUCGCCCGCGCGGUCGACUCGCCUCGACGCGCGCGCCGUCGGCGUCCGACGUCGUCGUCGCUCGCGGCGGCGCCCUCGCCCUCGUCGUCGUCGUCCCCGCGCGUCCUCUCCGAGACCGCCGCCGCCGACGUCGCCGCCGACGUCGACGCCCUGCGCGCGCACUACGCGCGCGAGGGCUGGGUCGUCGUCCGCGGCGUCGUGUCGCGCGCGGUCGUCGACGCGCUGCAGCUCGCGACGGACGCGCUCGAGGCGUCGGUCGCCGACGUGACGGCAUCCACGACGCGAUUCGGCGUCUUCUUCGAGGUGCAGUCGCGAAGCGGAAGGAAGGGCGAGCCCGCGCGUUCGCCGGGCGCGCUGAGAAAAGUGAGCUCCCCGGGGAAGCGGCACGCGGCGUUCGCGAGGCUGACGCGCGACGCGCGCGUGCUCGAGGUGGUGGAGCGCGUGUGCGGCGUCCGAGACGGAGCCAAGUGCGUCGUGCAUCAGUUGCCGCGCGGCGCGGGGACGCCGUUUCCGUUCCACCAGGACGCGUCGUUUCUGAAACCGCUCGCUCGGGAGCGUUACGAAUCCUUCGGCGGCGCCAACGUCGUCGUCGCGAUGGAUCGAUCGGACCCAGCCAACGGCGGGUUCACGGUGUUGGGGAGGACGCACGAGGGCGGGGACAUGACGCGCGAGACGAGGGACUCGUACGACACAUCCGGCGACGGCGAAGCGUCGGUGUUUGACGUCUCUCACCUCGCGUGCGAGACGCUCGAGCCCGGGGACGGGAUCUUCUUCCACCCGCUGCUGGCGCACGGCAGCGGAUCCAACGUCAGCGACCGACGGCGACGCAUCGCGACGCUGUGGUACGUCGGCGGAGAGGACCGCGAGCGCGGGCGACGGCGGUGACGCAUAGGUAGACUAGUCUCGACGACGAUCGACGUCUUACUCGCUCGUUUACAUACUGUAGAAUAGAAAUGGAGAGAAC